GUCUGGGAACUCCCAUUAAUCUGAGGGUCCCUGUCUUACCAACAUCACCAGUUCUGCUAGAGGUCCUCCAUGUCCAGAUCAUUCACAUUGUAUAAUAAACAGGAAAUUGAACGUAAGGCCAGAUAACCUCUAUGAGUGACAGUGGGUUAGGUGGCAUGAAGUCGUGGAGCUCUUUUCGCCUCACAGGCAGGUGAACACUGAGCCAUGUUCACAGUGCUUGCACCCUGGACAGGGAGAAGGCUUGCGGACAGGGGCAUUCUGCAUUGUGGGAUUUUUGUGGUAGUCUACACAACACAGGUCAUGAGCUCCGUGCUAGACGAGUUGAUCUACAAACGUGCUGAAUAUCAAGAGAAUUGCACCCAAAUUCUGAAAUCAGCUAUCCCUACUGGAACUGGAAUAUUCUGCAAUGGAUCAUUUGAUGUUUUUGCCUGUUGGCCACAUUCAUCUCCUGGAAUAGUAUCUGUACCUUGUCCAUCCUAUUUACCAUGGAUCAGAGAAGGUAAUUCUGGACAUGUGUACAAGGAAUGCACAAUGAAUGGGACCUGGAAAACUGAGGAGAACUCCAACAGUGAAUGGAGAAAUCAGUCUGAGUGUGAACACCCUCAUUUUUUCAAGUCUGAGGAAGACGAAGUAUUCCGGCAGUCUGUGUUGAGGGUCCUGUCCAUAGUAGGAUAUUCACUGUCUUUUUCUUCCCUUUCCUUGGCUGUCCUGAUAAUGAGUCUUUUGAGGAAGCUUCACUGUAUGAGGAAUUAUAUCCACAUGAACCUCUUUGUAUCAUUCAUAUUUAGAGCAACGGCAGUAAUAACCAAAGAGAUCAUAUUACAGAUUAUGUAUUCUAACCUGCCCAGUGAUGAAAAUGGAUGGAACAGCUACACAAACUCUGUGAUUUCUGUGAUCUGCAAGGCCUCAAAGGUGUCCAUGGAAUAUUUUGUGGGGUGUAAUUACUUUUGGCUUUUGGUGGAGGCAGUAUUCCUGCACACCCUUCUGUUUACUGCAGUGCUGGCCAGGACUAGACUUCUGAAGAGAUACAUGAUUAUUGGAUGGGGCACUCCAUUAUUGUAUUUGAUUCCCUGGACAGUAGUCAAAGCUUUGUAUGAAAAUGAAGGCUGUUGGUCGAUUAACAUCAGAUGGAUCUGGUGGAUAAUCAGAGGUCCAAUAACAUUAUCAGUGAUUGUCAUUUUUUGCAUUUUUCUCAAAAUCAUCAAACUCUUGCUCUCAAAGUUAAAGGCUGACCAGGUGAAGUUCACCGACUACAGAUACAGUUUAGCCAGAGCAACAGUUGUGUUGAUUCCUCUGCUUGGGGUCCAUGAGAUUGUCUUUACCAUAAUUAUAGACGAAUCGGUCGAGGGAAGCAACCGCUAUGCUCGAAACUUCGUCCAACUGACCCUGAGCUCUUUCCAUGGUCUUUUAGUUGCAGUGCUGUACUGCUUUGCUAAUGGAGAGGUCCAGGCUGAGCUGAAGAAGAAGUGGCAGGUGUUUCUUGUUAAAAACCACUUUGAGGUGCACAACUGCUUUGCAGACGUACACCCAAAAUAUUUGUGGAAGUGCUCACAAAAGAACCCCAGACAAACCACAGAACAGAGCGAAUCGAAUGAGGAAGGAAACUACGCCCCCACCCAGGAACAUGCACUCCAAGUUCCUGUCCAAUUGGCGGAAGAUGUGACUUGUGGGCGGAGCACAGGCCUGGAAUUUUACACAACGAAGAGCCUCUCCAGCAGUGAUGGGGAAAUGACUUUAGGGGAGACAAUGGAGGAGAUUAUAGAGGAGAGUGAGUUCUAAGAGUGAGCUCACCUGCUUGUGAUUGAUGUAUGUUUUAUAUAUGUAAUUUAAAAUGUAUAUACAGUAUCUACACUUAAACAACUGUAAAAGCUUCCAUAAUGUUUUUGAUACCUUUUUAUUAUUAUUAUAUAUACACACACUCCAUAAUGAAGGUUUAGAAAAUUAUUUGGCGAAUUCACCAUUUCUUUCUUAAAUUAAAAAUGUAUCUGGUUUAAUAUAGGACACAAACAAAUGAAAUCUUUAUUUAUCACUCAAAUAUUUGUCCUGAGAAUCACACCUGUCAGCCCUACUAUUUUUAAACAGCAAAAAAGAGUCAAAGGUGUGGCCCACGCUAUUUUAGCCAAUCAGAAACCCUCUCUGUCUGGGAAUGAUUUUGCAUGGUUAAGUUUGCUAACAUGACUGUUACAUACAAUGUUUUUAUUAAAGAGCAAAUGCAUGUGAAGUAUUAAAAGUUGCAUAGUUUGUGUAUGGUUACACAACACAUGGAUGGUGAUGACAAUAAUAAUUAUAAGUGAUUGUGAUGUCUUUUGAUUUGCCAAUUGACUGCUUGUGUCAGUUUAUUUCACUGUAAUAAAAUGUCUAGAUAUAAAGCUUAUCUUAUGAAAAUUAAAUGCAUUCCUGAUUAUGUACAGAAACCAUUUUUAACAUUGUAACUUUUAAUAUUUUAUACUGUACUGUAUG